AUGCAGACUCCCUACCCCUGUCCGAGGCUGUCGGUGCUAAGGCAGCCCGCACCACCUUGGGCACCAUCAGAGUUCAGAGCCGAGGCAGUGGGGUGGCUGCUCCCUUCCAUGACUUCAUUUGGAAGAGCUGCACUCAUCGCUGUCCAGUUCUUCGGGUGGUUGCUGGUUCAGGACCGGAUCCACACUAGGAGCGUCCUCCUGCGGAAGCACAUCAUCACUGUGGCUGAGGCUGGCUGCCCCCUCUGCACUGCCAGAUUAUGCCUGCGUGUUUCGACGAGAACACCAAAAAAACCUAAUUCAGCUCUACGUAAGAUAGCAAAAGUACGGUUGAGCAAUCGACAUGAUAUAUUUGCUCACAUUCCAGGUGAAGGUCAUAAUUCACAGGAACAUUCUAUAGUCUUAGUCAGAGGAGGUAGAGUGAAAGAUUCGCCAGGUGUGAAAUCCCAUCGUAUUCGAGGAGUCAAGGAUUUGCUGGGAAUUCCGGAUCGUAGAAAGGGGAGACUCCACAACAUGCGGAUUUGCCAGCGUGGACUCCAACUAUUGAACUGGAUCAUCCAGGAGCUCAGCAUAUUUACCCAGGUAGGUGGAGCUGAGGAGUGGUGAGCGACUUAUCACUCUUAAACUGCUUGCCACUGCGAUUAUCUUGACCUUCACAUUCAAUUUCUUCCUCCUUCUCUUGUCAUAUCAUCAGGCAUGUCUGAAUCACGGUCUAUAUAUAUUACCCACACGAGCUUCCACUUCAAAACUGGGCUUUGUAGCCACUUUCUUUGGACACAAAAUCCCUCUCUUCUACAAGAAAAGCCGGCUCAACCAUCGGCACUAGGGCACAGAAAAUUCUGUGCUGCCAAGUGAAAGCCAUGCCCGUCAUCUGAGUUUUACCAGUGAGGGAGCCUACACCACACAAACCGAGAUAAUCCCCUCAAAGGUCUGGAGGGACACCGCUGAUCAAGCACACACAGAUCCUUCAAGUACCAUUUAUUAUAAUCUACCUUCAAGGACCAUUGGUUAAACUUUAGAGAGCAUGCAGUAUUUUGCACGUUGACCUGGCCAAUGUGAUAAUCUGAGUGAGCUCUAGAUUUGAUUGAAAUUGCAAUUUGAACUCAUUGUCGUGACGUACAUCCCACUGAAAUUGAUCCACUGUGAUUAGCUACUCUAGCUCGGCGGCCGUUGCAGCAGUAGAGUCCCCCAGAUGCACGAACAAUUCCCGUCAGUGAGUUCUCUUGCCUUGUAAGAAACGAGGUGGAGUGCAGCAUCUCGAAGAACAUAAGCUCGUCUUGAGCAUGUACAUAAAGACCAUGGGUUUUGGUAGCCUUAAAAUCCGGCAUGCUUCCUAAUCGUGCUCCGGAGACUCGCAAAUAUGGCAUAGCACAGCUAUACACUCAAUAGACACAUGCCCUUGAGGUUGCAUCUGAAGCACUUGAUCUUGAAUUUUCACUCUUGUUUUUGGUCGUGUGGUCACGUUAACCGUUUUGGAAGAACCGGCAGUUCCACCAUUCUGCUGCUGAACAGGGACAAUCCCCGGCUACUGAAUCACCACAAUAGGCUCCACCUCACAUUACUCAACCGUGCUGCACAGGAUAUACACACUGAACUGAUGCUGGCAUCUUCUGCAGCACAGCACCCGCUGCCAGUGCCGGCGCGUUAGGUUUGGCGCCUGUACCUUCCCCUCUCACUGCUCCCUACCCCUGCUUCUGUAUAGCCGCCAGCUUGUUUGGCUACAGAAGGCAACAAUGGCGGUCCUUGUCUGCAGAGGCGUCCGCCACCUCCCUUAAAUAUUCACCUCCACCACUUUUUACUUGAGAGGACGAUUCCACAUGAACCCUAUGGGCAACAUAAUGGAUCCUCCUAUCUAGUAAUGGAGGACCUAAACCAAAAGCAUUUGGCCUUUACGCUGGUUGUUAGUGCUUGAGGGAGAUGUAACUUUGUUAUCCAGUUUUUUCUAGGCUUGUUAAUAACUCUUGUACACCUUUUCUCCUUUUAUUACCUAUAUGACAUGGGCAGAGCACCAGCCUUUCACAUCAAAAACAUAAUGAAUCCCCUGCCAAUGAUGAGGCCCGCAUGCUAGCAUGCUGGCCCGAGUUGAGCCGGCCCAUAUACCCACCCAACCCGUCCAUGGAAUUUGAAAACCUUAUUGUUGAUGCCUCGCGGUAGUAACCUGAUCAGGCAAACACCGGUUGCACUGCAAAAGACGAUCUGGUUGCUGGUGAUUGUUGAACCGACGUUGACAAAACCAAUGUAGGUACGUAACACGCCACGCUGAUGCCGCCGUGGACAAAGACAGACCCGAUGACCGCUACUGCAGUGUCAUUGAACCUGCCUGAUGUAGGGCGUGUCCUAGUCCAAAAGGCAGUCAUUCUGUUGGCACAAAAACAGAGCAGCGUUCAUCGUGUGUUGUAGCUAGUGGAGAGUGGUACUUGGGUCAAGCCGGUGUGGCUGGACGUGUGUGGGCAUGUGUUAUAUAAAGCACUGUAAUAGGUUUGUGUUGGUUGAGAGGCAAGAAACGGAAAAAAGGCGCAAGGCCUUGUUCCUCAAAACUCCUUGUGUGUGUUCUCAAAGGCACAUGGCAGACAUAGUACAACUUAAAAUUUUGAUUUGUGUCCACGUGUGUGGAUGUGGGUACAUGGUUAGCAUUUGCUUCACAUCAUGCACGACCAACUCUAACCUAAGCUCUUGUUAG